AAAAACCUAAGAAAAUUAAGGAAGAUAUAGUUGUUGAGAUAUUGUAUUUGAAAAAUACUAUUAAACCUUUAGAAUCAUUAGUAUUUCUUGUUGGUCAAAUGGAAAUUAUCAAUAAUAAAUUUUAUGGUUCUUUUGUAUUACAAACUUCGAUUCGAUCCAAACUUUUAAUAACAUAUCAAAAUAUUACUGAGAAUUCAAAAAACCAAUUAGAAUUUGAAAUUUUACCUUCAGUUAGUUCGUAUAAUCUUGAAAAUAAAUCUGAAUUUAAUUUAUCAGAUUGUUUUUAUUCACCAAAAUGUGUUCAAACUAAUGAUUCUGAUAAAUAUACUAUGAAGGUUUAG